AUGCCUCGGUGCCUCACUGGCGCUGCCGUGUGCCGCCGCGCCGCAGCCGCACCUCGCGCUCGCGCUGUGCUGUACCAGGGUACGUACAAACCUCUGACGCCGCAGCCGCUGUACCUGGCGCGCCUCGACGCCUCGCUGGCACUGCCGUGUGCCGCCCCGCCGCAGCAUCACCUCACGCCCGCGCUGCGCUGGACCAGGGUCCUAUUAAAAAUGUUAGCAAAUGCUAUGAUGAAAUUCGGUGUAGUGAGUAAACUUUUAUUGCAGAAGGAUGGCAGUGAACUACCGGUGGGUCGACAUUCACUCGAUGACGGUAAUCUUACGAUCAUUGAUAUUGAGGAAGAAGACCGUGGCGUGUACGUGUGCACGGCUACCAACGAGGCGGACGAGGUCUCUGUCGAGACCGAGUUGCUCAUUGAGAACGUGCCGCCACGCGCCCCCUAUAACCUAACGGCGCUACCUUCCGUUGAUGCAAUACACGUGUCGUGGGUUCCAGGUCACAAUGGUCUCGAGGUCGAUUACAAUGUUUGGUAUCGCGAGCGUUCUGAUAGUGAAUGGCGCACUAUGAAGAUUCUGACAAAGGGUGUUACCGAUGCGACGCUAGUGGGCUUGCGACCUUCCACAGAAUACGAGUUACGAAUAUUGUCCCAGGAUCACAUAGGCGACGGCCUCUUUAGCAAGCCGAUCUUCGUUCGAACGCUUGAUCCAGAGGGAGGUGAAGAACAAGGCACGGCGUACGCGGCUGCGGCAACGGAUAGCACCGUGACUGCAGACGCCGAGGAGGUGAUGGAAGUGACCGUGCGUCUCAUCGACGAGGGCGCGCUGGUGCGCUGGAGCCGCGCGCCACUGGACGAUAGCCGCUGCACCGUGCGCUGGUACCGCGGGGACGCGCGCGAGCUGCUCGCUAGCUGGCACACGCACCACGACUACCUGCUGGUGGGCUCGGUGGAGGAGGGCGCGGAGUACGAGGCGCGCGUGCAGUGCGUGAGCGGGGUACGGGGCGGCACGGUGGUGCGCGUGCCGCAGUACGCGCGCCUGCGCGGCGUGGCGGCGGGCGCGGCGGCCGCGGCGCUGCUGCUGGCCGCGCUCGCGGCCGCGCUGUGGCUCGCGCGCCGCCGCCUGCCCCGCUGCGGGCGCCGCCGCACACGCCCGCACUCGCACCAACACACGCGCCAACACGCCCUCCCCGUCAAGCGCCCGCACUGA